AACCUCACAUCAUUCGGCCCCAUUGAACCACCACCACCACCAUCUCCUCUCCAAAAUCUUGUGAUCGCCAGAUUAUAAAUACGCAAUCAUGUCUGAAGAACGCGAGACUAAGCCCUUCAAGUUCGUUACUGGUAUGUGCUACCCGGAGGCCCGCCCACUGUUAGGAUAUUUAAAGAUGGUGUGGUCUGAUUGCUAACUAUGGAUUUUUAAUAGCUGGUAUGCGAUUCUGAAUACGGCGACGAUUACAAGGUGAUGGGGAACUAAUUGUAGGAUAUAGGAUUCGAUGCUCGAUUUCCCAACCAGAACCAGACUAAACAUUGCUGGCAAAACUAUGUCGAUUACCACAAGUGUAUCCUAGCCAAGGGCGAGGAUUUCGCUCCAUGCCGUCAAGUAUGUUUUGCGACUAGUUACGAGGGACAUAUAUACUAAUAGGAGGACAGUUUUUCUUGGCUUAUAAGUCUUUGUGCCCUAGUGCCUGGGUUGAGAGAUGGGAUGAUCAACGUGGUUAGUAUUAGGCUUUGAGGGGAAGAGAAAAGGAAGAUUGGCUAACGUGGAAUAACACAGAAAAUGGAACAUUCCCAACUCGUUUGGAUCAAUAGGAAAUUUCAGGGUUAUAGAAGGUCAGCAUGGUGGGGCAGAGCACAAGACGUUUACAAUGGAUGUGUAUCAUACAAAGUCAUUAUGAGAAUUGAUGGGAGACGUCUCGGCUUG